UCGCGGCCGUAUAAGCCCGAGCUUGGCACGCGCCCAGAGAUGUAAUCAUCUAGUAUCCUCUUACCGCCGAUGCUUCCUUCUCCGUUUUCCUCCUCGGACAAAAAAAUCCCAACCAGAUUCAGAAUACCACUCCAGCUGCUGUUGUAGGGUGUUCUCCUUCUUUUAACCCGUCGGUAGAUUCCUGCGAUCGCCGCCUUCUUACAGGAGUUGGCUGAUAUUCUUAUUUGACUGGAUUGGGAUCUAUCUCGCUUUGAUCAGUUCGAUCGCCCCUGCGAUGGCUUCCAUAAAUCCUUUCGAGAGCAUCUUGGUCGGCCUUCCAAAACCAGAAGGUGGAGAGUACGGGAAAUACUUCAGCUUACCUGCUCUCAAGGAUUCAAGGACUGAUAAACUGCCAUAUUCCAUCAAGAUUCUCUUGGAGUCUGCAAUUCGUAAUUGUGAUAACUUCCAAGUUAGCAAGAAUGAUGUUGAUAAAAUUAUAGAUUGGCAAAAUACUUCUCCAAAGCAAGUUGAGAUCCCGUUUAAACCUGCACGUGUCCUUCUACAGGAUUUUACUGGUGUCCCUGCUGUUGUUGAUCUUGCAUGCAUGCGUGAUGCUAUGAACAGGCUGGGUGGUGAUUCAAAUAAGAUAAACCCACUAGUACCAGUAGAUCUCGUUAUUGACCACUCCGUACAAGUAGAUCUUGCGAGAUCAGAAAAUGCUGUGCAAACAAAUAUGGAACUUGAGUUUCGAAGAAACAAUGAGCGUUUUGCUUUUCUUAAAUGGGGCUCUAAUGCGUUCCAUAAUAUGCUAGUUGUACCUCCUGGCUCUGGUAUUGUUCAUCAGGUCAACCUGGAGUACCUUGGUCGAGUCGUUUUUAAUAAUGGUGGCAUCCUCUAUCCAGACAGUGUUGUUGGAACUGACUCACAUACCACCAUGAUUGAUGGUUUAGGUGUUGCUGGUUGGGGUGUUGGUGGCAUUGAAGCAGAGGCUGCAAUGCUUGGUCAGCCAAUGAGCAUGGUUUUGCCCGGAGUUGUUGGGUUUAAGUUAUCAGGGAAAUUAUGCAAUGGUGUAACUGCGACUGACUUGGUGUUAACAGUGACUCAAAUGUUACGGAAGCAUGGGGUUGUUGGCAAGUUUGUUGAAUUCUAUGGUGAGGGUGUCGGUGAAUUAUCACUGGCUGACAGGGCAACCAUUGCUAACAUGUCUCCUGAGUAUGGUGCAACCAUGGGCUUCUUUCCAGUGGAUCACGUCACUUUGCAAUAUCUGAAGUUGACUGGAAGAAGUCAUGAAACUGUGUCACUGAUAGAAGCCUUUUUACGGGCAAACAAGAUGUUUGUUGACUACAAUGAGCCUCCCGUUGAAACUGUGUACUCAUCUUAUCUAGAGCUGGACCUUUCCAGUGUUGAGCCUUGCAUUUCUGGUCCAAAGAGGCCUCAUGAUAGAGUUCCUUUGAAAGAAAUGAAGGCAGACUGGCAUUCUUGUUUAGAUAGUAAAGUUGGUUUUAAGGGUUUUGCGGUACAAAAGGAAUCCCAGGACAAGGUUGUAAAAUUUGAUUUCCAUGGGCAGCCUGCAGAACUCAAGCAUGGCAGUGUUGUUAUUGCAGCCAUAACUAGUUGCACCAACACAUCAAAUCCUAAUGUAAUGCUUGGCGCUGGACUUGUAGCAAAGAAGGCUUGUGAAUUAGGCUUGGAGGUUAAGCCAUGGAUCAAAACGAGCCUUGCCCCUGGAUCUGGUGUUGUUACCAAGUAUUUACUUAAAAGUGGUCUCCAGCAGUAUUUGAAUCAGCAAGGAUUCCAUAUUGUUGGAUAUGGCUGUACUACAUGUAUUGGAAACUCUGGGGACCUUGACGAGUCUAUUGCUACUGCGAUCUCUGAAAAUGAUAUUGUUGCUGCUGCUGUACUUUCUGGGAACCGGAAUUUUGAGGGAAGAGUGCAUCCAUUAACUCGAGCUAAUUACCUAGCCUCACCUCCACUUGUGGUAGCAUAUGCUCUUGCUGGCACGGUUGACAUUGAUUUUGAGAAGGAGCCAAUUGGUAUUGGAAAAGAUGGACGGAGCGUAUAUUUUAAGGAUAUAUGGCCAUCUACUGAAGAAGUUGCAGAGGUUGUUCAAAGUAGUGUGCUGUCUGAUAUGUUCAAGAGCACAUACGAAGCAAUUACGAAAGGAAAUCCUAUGUGGAACAAGCUCUCCGUGCCAGCCUCAACUCUUUAUUCAUGGGAUGAAAACUCUACAUAUAUUCACGAGCCACCGUAUUUCAAGAAUAUGACCAUGACUCCACCUGGUUCUCAUGCUGUAAAAGAUGCCUAUUGCUUGCUAAACUUCGGUGACAGCAUCACAACAGAUCACAUUUCACCUGCUGGCAGCAUUCAUAAGGACAGCCCUGCGGCUAAGUACCUACUUGAGCGAGGUGUCGACCGUAAGGACUUCAAUUCAUAUGGAAGUCGUCGUGGUAACGAUGAAGUAAUGGCCAGGGGAACCUUUGCAAAUAUUCGCCUUGUUAAUAAGCUCUUGAAUGGAGUAGUAGGACCUAAGACCAUUCAUAUUCCAACAGGAGAUAUACUUUCCGUGUUUGAUGCAGCAAUGAGGUACAAGGCAGAUGGCCAUGAAACGAUAGUUUUGGCUGGAGCUGAGUAUGGUAGCGGUAGCUCCAGAGAUUGGGCUGCUAAAGGUCCGAUGUUGCUGGGUGUAAAAGCUGUGAUAUCUAAAAGCUUUGAGAGAAUUCACAGAAGCAACUUAGUUGGAAUGGGUAUAAUUCCACUUUGCUUCAAGCCGGGUGAUGAUGCUGAUUCAUUAGGCCUUACUGGUUUUGAAAGAUACACAAUUGAUCUUCCAAGCAACAUUAGCAGUAUACGACCCGGGCAAGACGUUACAGUUGUGACAGAUAAUGGGAAGUCAUUCACAUGCAUCCUUCGCUUUGACACUGAGGUGGAAUUGGCCUACUUCAAUCAUGGCGGCAUUCUUCCUUAUGUAAUCAGGAACCUUAUUAAUUCUCCAUGAUGACUAAUGAGCCUGAUAAUUGUUCUAUGUGAGAAUUGUUGAGUAUCUUUAAGCCAAAAACCGUAUGGAGUAUCUUUAAAUUUUACUCUAGAGGAAAUAAGGUUUCUAAUUUUGACGGCCUUGCAAUUAAUGCCAGAUACAAAAAAGUUCUAUGUGAGAAUUGUUGAAUUUGAGCUCAUAUUCAUUUAUGAGUAUUUUUCUAUGCUUAA